UAAGUACACAACUUUUUGACUAAAAUCAUAUGAUAUCGCCAAGGAAGUGUUAGGCUGAUGGUUGGUGAAGAUUUAAACCGAAAAUGAGAGCUUUUUCCUUAUUAAUAUUGGCCUGGAUGUCCUUGCUUGUGGUUUUACCAGUGAUACGUUGUAAAGAACAGCGAGAACUAUCCGAAGGCAACCUUUUAGUUGUGACUGUUGCGACCAAAGAGACAGAUGGCUUCAGGCGUUUCAUGAGGUCUGCCCGGCACUUUAACUACACCAUCAAGGUGCUUGGCAGAGGGGAGCCAUGGAAAGGUGGGAACUAUAUGACCGCGCCAGGAGGGGGUCAGAAAGUGCGCCUUCUUAAAGCUGGUUUGCAGGAGAUGGAGGUAGACAAGGUUGUCCUCUUCAUUGACAGCUAUGAUGUUGUCUUCGCCUCCGGUCCCAAAGAGCUGCUGAAGAAGUUCCAGCAGACAAGACACAAGGUGGUCUUCUCCGCAGAGACCCUCAUCUGGCCCGACAGACACUUGGAGGACAAGCACCCCCACUUCCGAGAGGGAAAGAGGUUCUUGGGCUCAGGGGGAUUCAUUGGCUAUGUUCCUAACCUCAAAGAGAUGGUUGCUGACUGGACAGGGGAGGACAAUGACAGUGAUCAACUUUUCUUCACCAAGAUUUAUAUCAACCCAGAGAAAAGAAAAUCCAUCAAUAUAACACUGGACAACAGAUGCAGAAUGUUUCAGAAUCUUCAUGGAUCCCUUGAUGAGGUGGUGUUGAAGUUUGAGGACGGGCWAGUGCGGGCCAGAAACGUGUUGUAUGAUACAUUACCCGUCGUUGUUCAUGGCAACGGGCCCACCAAGCUCCAGAUCAACUACUUGAGCAACUACAUCCCCACAGUGUGGACGUUUGAGACGGGUUGCAGUGUGUGUCUUGAGGACCUGCGGCCACUCUCAGGACUCAAGGAGAGCGAAUACCCACGGGUGGUUAUUGGGAUCUUCAUCCAGCAGCCCACCCCCUUUGUCAGUGUGUUCUUUGAGAGCUUGCUCAAACUGGAAUACCCAAAACACCGACUCAAACUCUUCAUCUACAACCAGGAGCAGCACCACAAGGUAGAGGUCAGCUCUUUUCUGAAGGACCAUGAGAAAGAGUACCAGGAUGUAAAGGUCAUUGGGCCUGAGGAGAACAUGGACAGGGUGGCUUCCCGCAACCUCGGCCUUGAUAUGUGCCGACAGGACAAGGAUUGCGAGUAUUUCUUCAGCAUGGAUAUCGAAGUGGUUCUGAAGAACAAGGACACCCUAAAGAUUCUCAUCGAGCAAAAUGAGCCUAUAAUUGCACCCAUGAUAACCCGAGAAGGCCGCCUAUGGACCAACUUCUGGGGAGCACUCAGUGCUGAUGGUUACUACGCUAGGUCGGAGGACUAUGUGGACAUUGUGCAAGGACGCAGAGUUGGUGUGUGGAAUGUCCCCUACCUGACCAAGGUGUACCUGGUGAAGGCCAGCCUCCUUCAUGAGGAGCUCUCUGACUACGACCUCUUCAGCUCGGGCACCCUGGACCUCGACAUGGCCUUCUGUCACAACGCCAGAAACAAAGGAGUCUUCAUGUAUGUUACGAAUAUGCACACCUUUGGUCGGAUGCUGUCGACAGAAAACUACCAGAUGAGCCAUCUCCACAACGAUCUGUGGCAGAUCUUCGAAAACCCUAAGGAUUGGGAGGAGCGUUACAUCCAUGAGAACUACACAAAGAUAAUGAGAGACAAACUGAUUGAAACACCUUGCCCUGAUGUAUACUGGUUCCCGCUAUUCUCUGAUAUCGGAUGUGACCACAUUGUUCAAGAAAUGGAAAACUUUGGACAGUGGUCAGGUGGCCGAAAUACAGACACAAGGAUCCAGGGCGGCUAUGAGAAUGUCCCCACCGUUGAUAUCCACAUGACUCAAAUCAAUUAUGAGAAAGAGUGGCAGAAGCUUCUGUUGGAUUACAUAGCCCCAAUCACAGAGACAAUGUAUCCUGGAUACUACACCAAGUGUAUCUCUUACCUCAACUUCGUAGUGAGGUACAAACCUGACGAGCAGCCCCUGCUCACCCCUCACCACGAUGCAUCUACUUUCACUAUUAAUGUAGCACUCAACAGCAAAGAAAUUGACUAUCAGGCUCAGUUUGACUUGGCGUUUGUAGUUAGAUAUAAGCCAGACGAGCAGCCCUUUUUAAGGCCACACCAUGACGCGUCCACAUUUACUAUAAAUAUUGCACUCAAUCAAAAAGUGCUUGAUUACCAG